AUGUCACUAGAUAUUCGCCGUGAACGCAGCUCCUCAAAGCGCAAGGGCCGCGACGGCCCGGAGGAAUCUUCCGCGCCUCGGAAAAAGCAAAGCCGAAAGGCCGCAGACAGCGACGACGAAGACAUUCAAAUGGAGGAUGCUGGCAGUGGUGACGAGAAGCGGUCCAAAUCUACCCACAAGCCCAAGGGUAAAUCUGCAGCACCGCGGGAGGAGAAGGAAUUCCCUUCUAUCAAUGAUUUGAAGAAGCGUAUCCGGGACGUGAAGCGUCUUCUCAAUAAGCAGAAUCUGCCGGCCGAUGCUCGCAUUGUGCAGGAGCGUGCGUUGGCGGGCUAUGAAGAGGAUCUUGCCGAGGAGACGGCGCGGCGAGAACGGUCAUCCAUGAUCAGUAAAUACCAUUUUGUGCGAUUCCUCGACCGCAAGACCGCGAAUAAACAAUUAAACCGCCUCGUCCGCCACGAGAAGGACGACAAACUCGAUUCCAAGAAGAAGAAGAAAUCUCUCGAGCGAAAGAUCCAUGCCGCCCAGGUCAACCUCAACUACACCAUCUACUACCCCCUCACCGAAAAAUACAUCUCGCUCUACCCCAAGUCGAAGGGCAAGACCUCGGACGAUGCAGGUGCCGAAUCGGGGUCCGAGUCAGAUAGCAAGAACAAGAAGGAUCUGCCGGAGGGAGAGAAGCCGGCUCUUUGGUCCGUUGUUGAGAAAUGCAUGAAGGAGAAGACUCUUGACUCUCUCCGUGAAGGCAAACUGAACAUUGGAGCCGAUGGCAAAUCGGUCACUAAGCCCGUCGCCAAACCGGCCCCCGCUCCGGCCAAGAAAUCGAAAUCGACUUCGGGUACAGACAACAAGAAGACGAAGAAGACAACGAAGCAAGAGCCAAAGGAAGAAGAGCCCGAGCCUGAGUUCGCUUCGAGGAGGGAACGGCGUGCCUACAAGCGUGACCAGCUGGGUCAACGCGAACACCAGCGGGGACAAGGCAAGGGUCAGCAUGUCGCCGCGCCUGCUGAUGGCAACGAGAGUGAUGGUGGUUUCUUCGAGUAA